GGAUUAAAUAGACAUGAAAUUGCAUUAACAUAAAUAUAAAUGAGCAAGGAAAGAAAAAUUUUCCCAUUCAGAGAAUAAAGCAGAAGCAAAAUAAAAGAGAGCGAGCUACGCCAACAUAUAAAGAUAACAUAAUUAUGGAAAAUUUUAAUAUCAAAGGAAUUUUAUCGUUUAAAACAUGCUGUGUGAUGUGCAUUUUAAUUUCAUUUCUACCAAAUACGAGAACUCUUCAUAUAACCAACAUCAUCGUGCCGCCAUUUGUCGACGUGCGAGAUGUGGUAACGCUUUCAUGUAGUUACAACAUAGGAACGCAAAAGCUCAAUUCAGUGAAAUGGUACAAGAACGAUAAAGAAUUUUACAGAUAUGCACCGCUGAUGCCAACAAAGCAGAAUAUGAUAUUUAAUUUGGAAGGUGUGCACAUUACUACAGAUCAUGUCUGUAAUGAGAAAUUUUGUACAAUACAUCUUGAUAAUUUAAAUAAUGAGUCGACUGGUGCCUAUCGAUGUGAAGUUAGUGGAGAUGCUCCAGAAUUUCAGCUGUCGCAUGAAACGAGCAAUAUGACUGUUGCGGCGCUUCCACAACACAAUCCAAAAAUAGAAGGAAUCGAGCGGAAUUACUAUGAAGGUGACUUUCUGUUCGGAAACUGCACGUCAGACUUCUCAUAUCCACCUCCAAUAAUGAGUUGGUAUAUCAACGAUCAAAAAGCUGAUUCAAAUCUUCUGCAACCUUUUCAAGAGUCAACUGUCGAUGCUUAUGGCUUCAAAUUAUAUCAACGUAGUUUAGAAAUCCGUUUUCGUAUAGAUAAAAGAAUCAAUCCGUUCAUCACCGAUGGCAAAGUCCAUAUGAGAUGUGUUGCACAAAUUCGACAAAUGCCGUCGCAAAUUCGUGAAUCUGAACACAUUUUCUAUGUCUCAUCGUGGGAUGAAUUGCGCAAUCAAAAGUUAAUUAAUUGGAAGAGUUCAGCACACAAUUUGAAGAUUACAACAGCUAAAAGCAUACUGAUGUACAUUCUUCUUCCAAUCUGUUAUUUCAUAGCUGGCAGCAAAAUGCUUCUUCAAACAAUCAAAAGCUGAUAAGCAAAUAUUGUAAGUAAAUUAUAGAAAUG